AUUCUUGAUGGUCUUCUUUUUAUUCUUUGCUUGAAGCAGAAGUUCGACUGGAAUCUUGAUGGGUUACUGGAUCGCGAGGAGUUUGUAGAGUUUAUUCAAGCAUUGACAGCCGACACCGUUACUGCAAUCGGCCGCAAUCUUGUAAUCGCGCUUAUCAUCGCCCCAGCGCUGGCUUUGGCUGCAAAGAGAGCAACCGAGGGAGUUCCCGGAGUAGGGAAAGCAGUGAAGAAGGUGCCAAAUUCUAUUUAUGCCUCCAUUGUGACCCUCGCUGUUAUUCUCUUUCAAAGGGAUGGUGAAGAUUAUGAGGCUUAUGAAUAGUUGCAGCUGAAAAGAGAACAGAUUAAUUGGCCUUUGUGUUGCUACCUCUGCAAAAAUAUUUGCGAUUAUUUGCCAAAUCAAUGUAUAUAGAUUUGUGAUGCCAACUGUUUUUUUAAUUAGUUAGUUAUAUAUAUAUAUGUAUCUAGCGCAAAAUAGACUUUCAUUUGCACACAUAUCUAGGCUGGUUAUGCUUGCAAGAUUUGAGGUAAAGUUUGCCAAAUCCUUUCUGAUGCAAUGAUUGGAUUUCAUGUUUUUCUGAUCUGAAGGGCAUACAUAUAACAAGACACUGUAAGUUUAUUCAUAUAUCUUUAAGCCCUGUCAUGACUAUAUUCCUAAUA